AUGGUGUCUAAAUCUAAAUUCAGAAAGUUUCACGGGGAACUGGGGAGUGAUGCCAUGGCAAACUUGGGUGUUAAGCUUACACAGCUGAAAAGGCAGAUACACUCAGAAAGAGUUGUUUCAGUUGGAGAAAAACUUGAGAAAAAUAGAAAGAAGGCUGAAGCUUAUAUUUCUCACCUCAAAGAAUUGGCUGUCUCACGGGCUGAUUGUGCUCUCCCAGGGAGUAAUAGUAAUUCAGGCAAUUUCCUUUCCUUGGGAAUGAACAAUCCUCUCUGCAAAGUUCAGGGCCAUAUGCAAGGACAUGUGGAUAGAGAUGAUGCUGAUAGCGAAGAAGUUUUGUUCCCUAUGACUGCCAGACUUCCACUUGUUGAGAGAAUACCUCCCUAUACUACUUGGAUUUUCUUAGAUAGAAAUCAGAGAAUGGCUGAUAAUCAAUCAGUUGUGGGGCGUAGACGGAUUUACUAUGAUCCACAUGGUAGUGAGGCUCUCAUCUGUAGUGACAGCGAAGAAGAGAUCAUACAAGUGGAGAAGGAGAAAUAUGAUUUUUCUGAGGGCGAAGAUCGUGUGAUGAGGGUGGCUGUCCAGGAGUGUGGGGUUGCUAAUGAAGUUUUUGAUAUGUUGACCCAGUUUGUUGGAGGAACGUCUCAGGAUAUUAAAGAACACUGCAACAUGCUCAUGGAAAAUGAUCCACCUAUAGAAAAAAUGAGCGCUGAAAGUUCGAGGGAAACGGGAUUUGUAGACAGUCUGUUCCUGGAAAAAAGCCUGGCUGCUGCUUUAGAUUCUUUUGACAAUCUAUUUUGUCGGCGCUGUCUGGUAUUUGACUGCCAUUUGCAUGGUUGUUUUCAAGAUGUAAUUAACCCGAAUGAAAAGCAACCAUUCACAUUUGAUCACGAAGAUGACCGUAAACCCUGUGGUGAUCAAUGCUAUCUUCAGAUGCAUGCUGUGAAGAAUUUGCCAAAGAAUUCACGUGUAGAUUCCCUGAACGAGCAUAAAACAUCUGAUGAGAAAGCACAUUUUCCAGAAAGCAAAGGAAGGUCCUCAAUACUUCAACCUACAGAUUCGUUAGCUGCACCAACAGAAUUGGUUUUGGAGGAAUUCCAAAGUUCAUCCAAUAAGAAACUUGAGCUGAAUGACAUGAGUCCUGUGGAUAAUAGUACAGGUUUAGAGGGCCAGUUCUCUAAAACGAGUGGACCCAUUGUAUAUGAACUCAAGAGGGACAAUGUCCAAGAUAAAGGGAAAGAUAUCACUGAACUCCCACUGAAGCAGGCAUCCAAUUCCAUUGAAGAAUCCGUUAAAGUUCCGCAUAGUUGGAAACCUUUUGAAAAAGACUUGUACUUGAAAGGCUUAGAGAUAUUUGGAAGAAAUAGCUGCUAUAUAGCUAGGAAUUUGCUCCCGGGUCUUAAAACUUGCAAGGAAGUGUCCACUUAUAUGUAUGGUGAUGGAGCUGUGAUGUCUCGUGGAUCUUCGGCUAUGUUCAGCUCAUGCUUUGAAGAUGUUUGGAAAGCCGACAUGGACCAUAUGAUAUAUCGAGAGUUAAAUUUUCCUGUUAAGUCGAGAAUGUGCCGUAAAAGGGGUAGAGUGCGUAAGGAAAUUGCUGCGAAAAAUACUGCGGGUGCUCAAAGAGCUAUCCUCUUGGCAAAGUCGGAUGUUGCUGGUUGGGGAGCAUUUCUCAAGAACACUGUCAACAAAAAUGAGUACCUUGGAGAAUAUACUGGUGAAUUAAUCUCCCACCGAGAAGCUGAUAAGCGUGGUAAAAUCUAUGAUCGUGCUAAUUCGUCAUUCCUCUUCGACUUGAAUGACAAGUAUGUCCUUGAUGCAUGCCGCAAGGGAGACAAGUUGAAAUUUGCAAACCACUCGUCAACUCCAAACUGUUACGCAAAAGUUAUGUUGGUGGCUGGUGAUCACCGUGUCGGCAUAUAUGCCAACGAGCGUAUUGAAGCUGGUGAGGAGCUUUUCUAUGACUAUCGUUAUGGGCCCGACCAAGCGCCCUCAUGGGCCCGAAAGCCCGAGGGCUCUAAGAGAGACGAUAUGACCUUUUCCCAAGGCCGAGCGAAAAAACAUCAAUCGGGUUGA